UUAUUUUGUUUUGAAAAAUGUCGCGAGAUAAAAGCGUGUGGUUUGCGGAAGAGAUUCUGUUGGACGCUAAGCUAAUUAACUUUCAAUUAGAGUCGGGAGAAUGGGAUGCCGUCGAAGAGAUGUUGCGAGCGGAAGCUCAGCUUUCCAGAGACGCUGAAACUGGACGUUUACGACCUAAAAAAGCAUCAGAAUAUACGUUGCGUCUUAUAGCAGAAGUUUUGCAUAUAAUGAGACUGGAUGUAGAGCAAGCGUCGUAUAAUAGAAGCACCAUGGCGGUUGCAGAACAGUGCCUUAGAUUGGUCCGCUCGUGCGCUGCAGCUGGUACCAAAAUACAAACUUAUGUUUCAAAAGAACUGUCCAUUCUAGAAUCAAUGCUCGUCCUAGCUACAGAGUACCAGCAUCCGAGUGUAGAACUACUGAAUGAGGAAAUACAAAAGAAAUUUGAGUCCUGCAUGACGGUUCUUGUUCAAACACUAGGAAACUUGGUUGUCAACAAUCCCUUUAAUCAAAUUAUGAUUUGGAACAAGUUUGAUGCUAUAAUUUUAAAUUGUUUAGUUGGACAGAAUGAUAAAAUUGCAUCCGCUGCAGCUAUGGUUGUCUACAACAUUCUUUUAGGACAACCAAACGUGUUACCUGAUGAUGUUACACUGUUAAACUCACUGGCAUACAUGUAUAACAACGGUAACACAGAAUACCCGCACUUAAUUAUAGAAUACCUGAUUGGUGUAGAAAACACUUACAUUGAAAGGUUGUAUUCAAAACUUGACCCUGAAUGCCGCAUGUUAGUAUUGAACUUAGCUUAUAACAUACUCAUGUCAACAGAGUCACAAGAUAUAAAUGUAUCCGUGAAUUUUGUAAAAUUCAUGGCACAUGAAUUUAAGAGUAAAUCAGAUUGCAUUUUGAAGACUGUGGACAAGUACGUGAAUACUAUAGAGCCUCAAGAAGUUGUCUUUUUGUUGGAAAUUGUUGCUACAGCAUCAAGUAUGGAUGCUUAUAUGGACUGUUUGCAGAGUGAUACUUCUCUGUUUAUAAAUUGUGCUUUUCUCCUCCGUGCCAUCCACAAGCUGGGCAAAGAAAGUGACAACUUCUUCUCAUCCUUGAACAAGCUGUACGCGGCCACCGGUAGACAGCUGAUCAAUGAUGAAAAUGUGCAAUCUUCCAUCACUUCUACUGAAAACACACUGACCAAAAACGAUUCCGCAGACAACAUGCUCUCCUGCAAUGAAACAACAUCUGAAUGCACGGAAUCCGAAAGCAGUGAACAAUAUUUUGAGUGCAAUGAAAACCCUGUCUAUUUGGACAGACUAGAAACAAUGAACACAAUAGAAACAUUACAACAACCACUCAAAUUCAUUGAAACUGUACCUGAGAGUCGAGGUAACAGUUCUGAGCGCACUAAUGUUAAAAUAGACAAUGAUCUGACAAAGGUAGCAUUUAAAAGAAGCAGUUCUGUGCCAAAAGCCGACGAUAGAGUCCCAUUGCCAAUACGACGCAUCAGUCUUGAGCAUAAGAUAGACAUAGGGGAGGAUAAUGAGCCACCUUUGAUUUUAGAUUCUACAUCACCAAGUGGUAGUAUGAAUACCAUAGCUGAAGUCAUACCAGUUGCUUUACAACCAAGAUUGGAAUUACAAGGAUCGAGUUGUACAGAGUCUCAAGACAGUUCUCCAAAUGAUCCUCCCACUGAAAUUCAUUUGCCUAAAGAAGAGGUUAAGGAAGUGAAAGCAUCGCCUAGUGAAAUAUCUCCUCCCUUAGCUGAUGUUCCAACUGAAACCGAAUCACAAAAACAAUCCCCUGAUACGCCUAAGGAAAUAAAAAAAAGUCAAAACUUAUCGACAGAUUUUGAUUUAAGUGAGCAAUUACAAAAGAUUUUAGGUAUAUCAUCGGAGAAGACUCGUAAUGAGAUAGAAAAGAAGAGUGAACCAGUGAAGGAAGUGAAAAUUAAUGAUGAUACAGUUAUAAACAAGGUACCAUCUGUGAAAAUUGAUUCACCUGAAAGCCAGAAAACAAGGCUGGGUACAGUCGACAUGUCGACAAAUAAGAAGGCGGUGACAAGUGUGGAGACAGUGGAACGACACGUCGCGUUUGGGUUCAAAGCUUCGCUUGUAAGGACACUUGCUAAUCUGUGCUGGAAGAAUCAGGAGAAUAAGAAACAGAUGCGCGAAUUAGAGGUGAUACCAGUUCUUCUAGACUGCUGCAAUAUCGAUGCCCGCAAUCCUUUAAUCAUGCAAUGGGUUAUCUUUGCAGUUCGUUGUCUGUGUGAGAACUGUCCUGAGAAUCAGGAAGUGAUAUCGAAGCUAACACUGCAGGGUCCAGUGGACAAUGAAGUCUUGCAAGAAAUGGGGCUUACACUGAAUACCGACUCACAGGGAAACAGCAUCAAAAUUGUACCUUUACAGCGCGCAUGAAAAUUAUAUACGAUUUUAAAUUGUCAUUUAUUUGUAUUUACUAUUGCAAUAUUAUUAUGUUUAAAAC